CAAACUUGGAAAUAUAACCUAUAAUUUUGUAGGUUUUAUCUCAUUUUCAUUCUUUAUCGACUAUCUCUUGAAGUUGGAUGUCUUAGUUUUAUGUAUAUAUUCCUAAUAAACAAUUGCAUGAGAUUCUUGAAGGUGCUAUGAAUUAUUAAAUUUUAAUAAUAACUUUUAGAUAAGAAAAUAAAAAAGUCGUAUAAAAUAUUUUUUCUUAAAAAUCGUUUAUUGUGAAUUCGCAUGUAUAUAUUAAAGAAUAUUUUUGUAAUGUUAAGAGAAAUAAGCACUACGUGAAACGUUAAGAUAUUUAAGAAAUGUUGAAUUUGUAAAAAUUUGUGAUUUAAUCAUAUUUUCAGUUUUAAUUAAUUAAUUAAAUAAUAUACAUUUUAAAAUCUAUUUUAAACUGCAUUUGGGAUAUAUAAUCAUUUAUUAGUGUUUCCAUAAUAACUGAUAAUUUAAGGUUAAGAAUAGCAUGUUUUAACAAAUAUAUUCGUGAGUUAUAAAAAUUAAAGACAAUGUCUCUAUACGACGAUUUUGAUAAACAUAGAACAUCAGAAAAAGUAGUUGGAUGGUCAUCCAGUAUCAAGUUACUACAAUCCCAAUUACAAUUAAAAAAAGCUGCCACUACACAGCCAAAACGUGAACAAUAUAGAAAAACAACAGCAGUAUUAGCACCUGUGAUAGAUUUGAAGUCAAAAGCCAAUAGAAACACAGAGAGGGAAGAUGAUGGGCCACAUAAUAAUCCACUUUCUUCUAGUACUGUUAGCAGUAUUGGAGUAGGUGGCGAAUUUGAUUGGAAUGUAAUAAAUGAAUAUGAUCCUAUGUGGCCUAAUGAAUAUGAUAAAGUUGUUAAAGAACUAAGAGAUUUACGUGAUAGAGAACAUGAUCAAGAGACAGAAAUGCGUAAACGCAGACGAGAUAAUUCACGUUUUGAAGAUACACAAACUUCUUCUGGGAAUAGUACAAUGAUUCCUCUUGAAAGAGAUGAGGAAAGAACUCCUACAUCAAGAGGUAUUGCUGGAGGAGCAGCUAUAGCACCACCACCUUCCUUGCAAGAAUCUUCUGAUCUUCCACCUCCAACGCCAAGACCACCAACUAACAUAGGAUAUGCCACAUCAUCAGUAGCAGCAAAAAUAAUGGCUAAAUAUGGUUUCAAAGAAGGACAAGGACUUGGUAAAAAGGAACAAGGAAUGUCUGUUGCUUUACAAGUAGAAAAAACUAGUAAACGAGGUGGAAGAAUUGUUGGAGAAAGAGAACAACUUAUGCCACCACCACCACCUAUUGCUGUUUCUCCACCUCCAGCACAACAAAUUGCUCCAUCACAACCUUCAGAAGAACCUAGCAUUACUGAAAUAAUGAAAUGUCCAAGUAAGGUUGUAUUAUUACGUAAUAUGGUUGGCCCUGGAGAAGUGGAUGAUGACCUUGAACCUGAAGUUAAAGAUGAAUGUAAUACGAAGUAUGGUGAUGUUGCACGUGUUAUUAUUCAUGAAGUAACAGAAGCUGCUCCAGAAGAAGCUGUUAGAAUCUUUGUGGAAUUUAAAAGAAUAGAAAGUGCUAUUAAGGCUGUUGUUGAUUUAAAUGGACGCUUUUUUGGUGGAAGACAAGUUAAAGCAGGUUUUUAUUCCAGUGAAAAACUUGAUAGCUUACAGUUAAUGGACUAAUUUUUUAUUUAAUGAUUUUACUUAAUAAAUGCAACUUAAGAAAUACAACAGCACGAAAUUGAUAUGCUGAUUGUUAUGUUAAAACAAAUAAAUCAUAAUUUUAUUAAAAUAUUUAUAUUAAAUGUAUGAAAUUUAUGGUUAUUUAAAGUAAAAAACAAGAAGUUAAAAAUCUACAUAAUAAUCAACAUAAUGAGAAAUAUUUUAAUUUAUAUCCUGCUAUGAAUAAUUACAUUUUUUUUUAUAAAUAAAUCAUUUUUUAAAUUUAAUAUAAGAUACACGCACAAUAAAUAUAAAUAAUAAAUAGUAGAAAUUUUUAAUUUUCAUAAUAAUAAAAAAUAUUAAAUAAAGUUAAGUCUUCAAUAUUUUAAAAAGUAACAUGAAAAAAAUAAACAACAUUUUUGUGAUAUCACAAAAUAAAAUAAUUACUAUACUAACAAAUAAUGCAGGAAGUUAUAAUUCCAUUGUAAUUAAUUUAAGAAGUUAUAAUAAAAUUCCUAUAUUAAAAAUAUGAUAAUGAAAAAUAUUGCAAUAUAUUUUAUUAACAAAUUGAAAUUUAUAGAUAAUUCUUAUUCUUUUAUUAAUACUUUCUUAUUAUUUAUUUACAAAUCAAUGAUUAUAAUAUUACUUUACUUUCUUUUUGUUAAUUAAAUCUUCAAUUAUUUUGUUUAAUUUAGCACUAAAUGCAGCAAAACUAAAAGUUUCCAUAAAUCUAACUUUGCCUGCAUCACCAAAUUGUUGAACAUAUUCUGGAUUUUUAAUUAAAUCAGCUAUCUUCAAAGCAAAUGCAUUACUAGAUAAAUCAACUAAAAAUCCUGUAAUUCCAGAAAUAACAGAUUCUUUUGGACCACCAGAAUUAUGUGCAAUUACUGGUUUACUCAUAUACAUUGCUUCAAGUGGUACAAUACCAAAAUGUUCAUUUUGGGGUGUAUAUAAUAAAACCAUACAAUGAUAUAAAAUAGAUACUUUAUCAAGAUCUGAAGGGGAACGAAGAAAUAUUACUUUAUCUGUAACAUUUAAUUCAUCAGCAAGCCCUAUUAAUUCCAAAUAAUGUUCUACAUUUUCUUCAACUCUUUUAUCAUAUCCACCAGCCAUAAUUAAAUAUAUUUUUUUGUAUUGUUCUUCUGUUAAGUAUUUUUGAAGCUCUGCCAAUACUUCUAUUGCUAGCCCCAAAUUCUUUUUACGUUCAUAUCUAUUGAUAGAUAAUAAUAUAACACUAUCUAUUGGUAACUUUUUGUCAAGUACUCUUUCUAAAGAUACUAUUCGGGCUUUAUCAAAAUAGUCUGUGUUAACAGACGGAUGUAAAACUUCAGGUUCAAUAGUUAGUCUCUUAAAAGUGUCCUUAAACACUGAACGUGUAUAUAGACUAUUUACAAGUAUUUUAUGCGCCAUUCCAGUUGUUAUUUCUUCCAGAUAAUUAAGGGAUAUACGAUAUAAUUGUUUACUGAGUCCUUCUCGCUGUGAAAGCAAUUGAUCUGGAUAAUGGCAAUAAAAAAUUAUAUGAGGAAUUCGUAAUCGAAGAAUAGGAAUGCACACAGAUACCAGAUCACAGAAUACAACGUCUGGUCUGUUUUCAGAAAAAAUGAUAUAGCUAGCUGCAUAUAUCUAAAAAAAAAAAAAAAAAAAAAAACAAAGAAUCUGCCCAAGAUAUGUCUGGGCAACCAAUCUCCCACAACUGUAACAGGAAUUGUUCCAUCUUUUGUUUCAGAGAAACUGUGUACCGGAUCGUGAUGGGUUGUCACGAAAUUAAUCUCAUAACCUUGUUUUUUUAAGGAUAAUGCAGCAUCAACUACCAAUCUUUCUGCUCCCCCAAUACCAAGAUCCGGAUGUAAAAAUGUAACUCGUGUCAUAUUUAUUAACUUAAUAAUAUUAAAAAUAACAUUUAUGAAGAAAACAACAAAAUCCAGUACUCUACAAAACUACCGAUUUGUAAAAUAGUGUAACACUUGUUAGUUCUUUAAGACCUACUUUCAACGUAAGUCAAAGUCAUAAUACUGGAGUCAUAGAAAUCAUCAAAAGAGAUUAGCUGAAUAUUUGACGAAGUUAAUUCACGAAAUUUUCAUAUGUUUACAAUUAGCAGAAAAAUAUAUGUUAUUGAAGGCACAUGUAGAGAUAUAAGUGUGUACUCUGUAUAAAAUUACAUGUAAUUUGUUGACAACAAAAGAAAGCGAACGGUUUCAUAGUUUCUUGUAAAGUGAAAGGUAAAUAUGUCAAUUUGAUCUUGAUAAUAUUUAUUAUCAAUUAUGUCAAAUAUUAUGAAGAGCAUUCUUGCGGAAAGUUUAAAAAAGUGCUUAAGGGAAUUGUUUUGCUUAAUGGAUACUGAUAUUGACGGUUAUUUAAAUUAUUAUGAAACGAAAUCUGCAUUGAAAGCCUUAGGUUUCACAGUAAAAAAGUCUUAUGUUUUAGCUAUUAUACGAAUGUAUGACAAACGUGGUUAUAAUAAAAUUUCUUUCAAUGAUUUUAAUUAUAUUGUGUCAGAAAAGUUAAGUAAACGGAAGCCUCUAGAUGAAAUUAAAUAUGUAUUCAAGUUAUUUAUAAAUGAGUCUGAAAAUGAUAAAAUAACAAUAGAAGAUCUGCAAGAACUUAAUAAAAAGCUUGAUUGUGAUCUAACUCAUGAGGAAAUGGAACUUAUGAUUAAUGAAUUUGAUGUGGAUCAAGAUGGUUCCAUUGACCAAAGUGAAUUCCUGGAUAUUAUGACAGACUUCAAAAUUUGAAGGAUCUUUCUUUCUAUUGAAAACAUAUUUAUCGACACAUUCAUAAUGAAUUUUGGAGUUAAUUGGGAAGAAGAACAUAGAAGAACACUAUUAGAAGGAAAUGCAGCAUUGGAACGUUCUUCGCAAUCCAUUAUUAGAUCUCAAGCAAUUGCUAUUGAGAGUGAGCAAAUAGGGACAGAAGUAAUUUCUGAACUGAGUGAACAAAGAGAGAGAUUACUGCGAGCAGAUAGAAGAUUAUCCCAAACAGACGAAGAACUAAAUAAAACAAGAAGGAUAUUAAAUGUUAUGAGAAGAAGGAUUUUAAUGAAUAAAUUUAUAUUAAUCAUAAUUAUAUUAUUAGAAAUAGGUAUACUUGGUGCUAUUAUAUAUAAGAAAUAUUCAUAAUAUUAUAUAUAUAUUGUAUAUAAACGUAUAUAUACAUAUAAAUAACACUUUAUAUGUAUAUAUAUGCACAAGCAUUCACUGUACACUUAUUUUUAUUUACAUUCUGUGUAAUAUAUAAUGUGCAAUAUAUGUGCGCACAUUAUACAUUGUUAUGUUUCUUUGUUGUCAUAUUGUAAUUAUUAUUUUCCAAUGAAUUAAAUGUAAAACAGCAAAUGUGUUACAGUCUGAUGUAAUUUUGAACGAUUAAUGUACCAUGUACUAUGAAAAUACACGGUAGGAAAUGAGAGCUACCAACCAUAGACGGUAAUUAUCGUAAAUAUAUAUACGCAUAUAAUAUCAUUGCAUGACUGUGUAUCCUUCAUUAUAAUAUUUAAUUGUAAUAUGUCUAAUGUUCUAAAAGCAAUGCGAGAACAUUACUUGCUUUUGGACAAG